AAGCUCGCAAUGAAAUGGUUACCCGUCUUGCUUUCUGGACUGUCCGUACAUUCUCUCUCUUCCCGCUGUCUCCUGCUUGCUCUUCCAGCAGGGCAAGGUUUAGUGGAAAGUGUUUGAAUAAGGGAAUGGAUGUAGACACUCAUUUGCUUCCCAAGUCUACUAAGUCUGCUAAUUUUCGAUUAUGCAAUGUCUCAGGUUACAAAUCUGAAAUAUUGGAGAUUCACGCUGUUGCUCCAAUUAUGCAUGUUCUGCUUGUGCCUGGGAACCCAGGUGUUAUUUUAUUCUACAAAGACUUUGUGGAGUUUCUAUAUGACCAGCUUGAGGGAAAUGCCUCUAUCACAGCUAUUGGCCACAUCUCUCACACGAGAAAGAAUUGGGAGCAUGGACGGUUGUUCUCCUUAGAAGAACAAAUCAAUCAUAAGGUUGAUUUCAUCAGAGAGGAAUUGCAAAAGAAUGAGAUUCCUAUAGUACUGGUCGGGCACUCUAUUGGUUCUUACAUAGCCAUUGAAAUAUUCAAGAGGUUUCCAGGGAAGGUGAAAUAUUGUGUUGGACUUUAUCCAUUUUUGACAAUGAACCCAGAGUCAAAAACACAGUUGGUUAUUGGAAAGAUUUCAGAAUCCCAAAUUCUAUCAAUUGCUCUUUGUUACCUGAUAGCAUCAUUAGGAUUGUUGCCCGUCCGGGCUUUGAGGUUUAUAAUCAGAAAUUCCGUGGCAAAGUCAUGGUCAACUGAUGCAGUUGAUGCUACCUGCUCUCAUUUGUCACAGUAUCAUGUAAUGCGGAAUGUCUUCUACAUGGCCAUGACUGAAUUCAGAAAGUUUGCAGAAGGACCGGAUUGGACAUUUAUAAGGGAAAGGAAGGCUCAAAUUUCAUUUUUAUUUGGCGAUGAUGAUCACUGGGGUCCACUUCAUGUUCUUGAAGAGAUAUCAAAGCAGGUUCCAGGUAUUACAGUAGCUGUUGAACGAGAGAACCAUACUCAUGGAUUCUCCUGCACUGAGGCUGGCUCAUUAUGGGUGGCUCAGCAUGUCGCGAACCUAAUAAAGAAUCAGAUCUCUUUAACUAUGCAAUAAGCUCUUUCCUUUAUGUUAUGUGUGUUCUCGCUUCUCAUUUCUCAAGUUGGUUAUUCACAGAAAGGAAUGAAUAACUGAAUAAAUUUGAAUGUUGACCUAAGAAAGCUCAGUCAAUGUCCCUGUUGUGUGUGGGGGCUUAAUUAUUGUUUGAUUGAAUCGACGAGAAUCCAUAAUCCACCUAUACGGAGAUUGAUUAGUGAUUA